UUCCUCCAGUUACCGACCCUCAAAGUUACAACUCCGAGAUCCCCUAAAAAGAAUUAUCUCACAACAAAAAUCCCAACAGAGAUCCCUACAACUAUCGAAGCAUCACGUCUUCGCAUCAUCGUGUCAUCUGAACAAAGUAACUAUCGCAAAUCAAAUCAUCAAAUUUCGACUCCAAAUCUCAAAUUAUCCAAAACCCUUCACACCGCAAAACUGGCAAUAUCCGAGAACAAUGGCUCCAAGUAUGAAAAACAGUCAUAGUAGUAGUAAUUGUGGCGGCGAGGUAGUUAGCUCUCAAGCCAACGUCCUCGCCAGUUGCUACAUCGUUGAUUCUUCCGCUAGUCUUUCUGGAUUCCAUUACUCCACUACCGGCGCCGGCGGGUGAGGUUCCCCUUUUUCCGCUCGAAUAAUUUUCAACAUUUUCCAAACCAACAUAAAAUACUAAUAUUGUUUUCAAUAGGGCAAAGUGGUAUCCCUGAGGUCCGCUCAGGGUCAACUUCCCCUCCAUCAAGUCCCCCUCUUGCGGCCUUGAGAUCUGCCAACGAAUUCGCAUUACUCAAUAACUUAUCAAAGAAACGAGAUGCGCGAGGUAGAACUACAAGCCGCAAAGAGGGGGCAGCGUACGCCAUCCGGGAAGAGUGUGAGAGACUCUUUUGCGAGAACAUGAAAACCAUUUUCCUUGGUGAAGAAGGAAGUGCUAGUAAUGACUCAAACCUGAUGGGUGCGGACACGUAUUCAAGUCUUGACGAUGAUGUGGAUACGCAUAACAAUUACUUUGGUAACGUCAAAUCGGGCCAUGCGAUGGAUGCUUGGUUCGAGAUCUGGGAUUAUACUGGUGGAUGCAGUUUUCGAGGAUUUGUUGGCGGAAAUGGAGAUGAGAAAACACUUUUUGCAUUCUUUGAUAGUUCGGUCAUUGGAAGGGAUUUAAAACAUGGGUAAGGAUUAUCCUUUUUGUAACCACGAUCUAUUUUACUAAUGGCUAUAGACUCAUGGCACUUAUUGAACUCGCGGAUGAAGUAUUCGCCGUCUCGCAAGUGGUUGUUUGUGUUGAUCGAUCGAUUCCUGAUGGAGAUAGGUCGGCGUUUCUCAAAAAUCUUCGUUGGGUUGGAUUCGAAUUGACAACCUUAGACAUGUGGUCGUCUCAAUUGGAUACCACGAGUGAUAAAUGGUUAUUGAUGGGAUUAGAAGUUUAAAAAGUAAUUGGUGGAUUGAGGGAUUAGAGGGAAGACAAAUAAGAGUGCUAGGUGGAUAUAUUAUUUAAAGGCGUACGGGCGUACAGUCGUACAGGCACUUUUCUGCAAACAUAAGCUGUUUACUUGUCGGGAUUUGUGGCGUAGUACAUGGUUUUCAUCAUCAUUUCAUGGGAAGUUUGAGGAAGGGGAUGGUAGCAAGCACUUUUGUUGGUUGGAAUUUCUCUCUGGGGUUUCAUUUAAUAUGAUAUGAAUAGGGCAUGGGAUUGAUUACCUUUUCAACUCAACAUAAAUUGUCAAAAUAUGAAUGAUUAGGCAUACACUAAAUGUUUAAAUUCUUGG